UUAUAGAUUUUGAAUAUUGGGGGAGUAGACACGACCGCCACCAUGCUUACAUGGACUAUUUCCUUACUGAUGAACCAUCGCCGUGUGUUGAUGAAAGUUGAGGAAGAAUUGGACAUCCAUGUGGGCAAAGGAAGGAUCGUGGAGGAGUCUGAUAUUCCCAACUUGGUAUACCUCCAAGCUGUUAUGAAAGAAUCGCUAAGGCUUUAUCCACCGGGUCCACUAGCAGCCCCAAAAGAGUUCACACGAGAUUGCGUUGUGGGUGGUUAUCAUGUGGCGACAGGGACAAGGCUCAUUUUAAACCUUUGGAAACUCCAACGCGAUCCUAAGAUAUGGUCGGAGCCUUUAGAGUUUCGGCCAGAGAGAUUCAUGACUACCCAUAGAAACAUAGAUGUUCGUGGCCAGAAUUUUGAGCUGAUUCCUUUUGGUGCUGGUAGAAGAGUGUGCCCAGGAAUAAACUUUGCCAUGCAAAUGGGACACUUGGUGUUAGCUAGCUUGCUGCAUUCUUUUCAGCUCUCAAAUCUCAACAAUGAAUUAAUAGAUAUGACUGAGACUCAAGGAUUGACAAUAUCCAAAGCUACUCCCCUUGAACUGAUCAUCACUCCCAAGCUUUCUAGUGAUCUUUAUGCAUGAUUC